CCCUCAAUCCUCUACCCCCACCUAGCCCAAGUCGCUCUCCGCUGACCAACUAUCAGAUGCACGGACAGAAGGACCGCCCGGAGGCAGGAGGGGGCGGGGAGGCGACGGCUGCGGCUUGAGGAGCAGUAGCAGGUGCCGCGGGGACGCGCGGGCGGGGUCGGGCGCUGGCGAGCGUACGGCCGGCGGGGAGCCGGGAGGCCGCCGCUCGGAGAGAGCCCCGCCAGGUCGCGCCGAGGGCGAGGGGAUCCGCAGUUGAGCCGGGUGGGGCAGUGAGUGGCUGGAGGGCGCAGAGUACCCUGGAGACUGAGAGGACCAGAGCUGGAGGGGGAUCCGAAGAGCCGCCAGAGCGCUACCAGGGGUGUAGGGUAGGAAAGAGGGGGGCAUACUUGGAGAUGAGACAAGGGGUGGUCAGAAUAUGAAACUGGAACUUGAAGGCUGUCGGGGGGCAGAAAUGGGUGAGGCGGGGGUUGUGUGAGGUGUGGUCAGUUGGUAAAAUCCAGAGGUGUGACCUUCCUAGAUGGGAGAGGUGGGUUAAGAAAGAAGGCUGGGUAGGGUAAAGGGAUCGUAGGGGGAAGCCAAGUGCUCAGGAGUGAAGGAGACUUGAGGUGGGAUCCAGGGUCAGGGGGGCAACAGGCAGGGUGGGAAGGGGCCGCACUAGGCAUGGACAGAUGGGCCCAGGUGUGAGGCAGGCAUAAAGAUCUGAGCAAGGGCCAGGCCGGGAGGUGAGGAUGGUUGGGAGGCAUCUGAGAAGUGAGACCAGCACAGACUGAGAGUGGUACCAGAGUAGAAGGGUGUCCAGGGAGGGACCCCACAGUGAGUCUCUAGGUUCAGGGAGGGGUGCCCCCCAUGGGGGAAGCCUCUCCCUGCUGGUCGCUGGAGCCAUGCUGUCCCGAAAGGGCAUCAUUCCCGAGGAGUAUGUGCUAACGCGGCUGGCAGAGGACCCUGCCGAACCCCGAUAUCGCGCCCGUGAGCGGAGAGCCCGCUUUGUGUCCAAGAACGGUAACUGCAACGUCGCGCACAAGAACAUCCGGGAACAGGGCCGCUUCCUGCAGGACGUGUUCACCACGCUGGUGGACCUCAAAUGGCCUCACACGCUGCUUAUCUUCACCAUGUCCUUCCUGUGCAGCUGGCUGCUCUUCGCCAUGGUCUGGUGGCUCAUCGCCUUCGCCCACGGAGACCUGGCCUCCAACGAGGGCGCGGAGGUGGCCUGCGUCACCAACAUCCACUCUUUUUCUUCUGCCUUCCUUUUCUCCAUUGAGGUCCAGGUGACCAUUGGUUUCGGUGGGCGCAUGGUGACUGAGGAGUGUCCACUGGCCAUCCUGAUCCUCAUUGUGCAGAACAUCGUGGGACUCAUGAUCAACGCCAUCAUGCUGGGCUGCAUCUUCAUGAAGACUGCGCAGGCCCACCGGCGGGCGGAGACGCUCAUCUUCAGCAAGCACGCAGUCAUCACCUUGCGCCAUGGCCGCCUCUGCUUUAUGCUCCGGGUGGGAGACCUCCGCAAGAGCAUGAUCAUCAGCGCCACCAUCCACAUGCAAGUGGUGCGCAAGACCACCAGCCCCGAGGGCGAGGUGGUGCCCCUUCACCAGGUGGACAUUCCCAUGGAAAAUGGCGUGGGCGGCAACAGCAUCUUCCUGGUGGCACCUCUCAUCAUCUACCACGUCAUUGAUGCCAACAGCCCGCUCUAUGACUUGGCACCCAGCGACCUGCACCAUCAUCAGGACCUGGAGAUCAUCGUCAUCCUGGAAGGUGUGGUGGAAACCACGGGCAUCACCACCCAAGCCCGAACAUCCUAUCUGGCAGAUGAGAUCCUAUGGGGCCAGCGCUUUGUACCCAUUGUGGCAGAGGAGGACGGCCGCUAUUCCGUGGACUACUCCAAGUUUGGCAACACCGUCAAAGUGCCCACACCACUUUGCACCGCCCGCCAACUUGAUGAGGACCGCAGCCUGCUGGAUGCCCUGACCCUGGCUUCAGCUCGCGGCCCCCUGCGCAAGCGCAGUGUGGCCGUAGCCAAAGCCAGGCCCAAGUUUAGCAUCUCUCCAGAGUCCCUGUCCUGAGCCACAGUCUUGCCCCCUCCUCUGCAUGUAUGCACAUGGGCAGUGUGGUACGGUAUGUAGAGUGAACCUUCUGUGGGCCCCUUAGCCAGGCCAGGCCCUGGUGUGAGGCUGGGCCUCCUCAGCCCAGUCUCCCCCACUACUGCUCGCCCAGGGUGUUACAAGGCACUUGUCACUACGCUAUUUCUGUCCUCAACAGGAGCCUGUUCUGGGUUAUUUUUGUCCCUGCUCCUCCCAAUCCCAGCAGAACUGGCUCAUCCCUCUCCUGCUUUCCCAGGCUAGAGGAAGGUGUCCGGCUCUGAAGCUGGGUCUCCAGCUCCUCCCGGGCCUCUGUAAUCAGUCGGCAGAGGCUGGACAGGUGGCUGGGGAAGAACAGUCCUCAGAGUGGUGGCUUGCUGCUAUAUUUCCGUGGCCUGAAGAGAUGCCUGAGAUCAUGCCCCAGAGCACCUUGCUAUCAGAAAAAGUGAUGGGCUAAAUGGCUGUCCAGCCAUCUGGGGAGAGCCGUCAGUGAGGGCGCACAUUUCAACUGGAAAAUUGGAGGUGUGGCACCCACAGGAACAGGCUGAGGCUGGAAGGGCUACCCUCCGAAGGCAGGCUCAGGCCAGGAUGGAAUGGCGUGAGGAGACUCAGCUUGACUGGACACUGCUCAACCACAGGAAAGUGGGGAUGGGCCCUGUGUCGGGGCCCUGACACUUUCCCCGAUACCAAAGCUUCGGGGUGAGGGCUUCGUGGACUGUGGCUGCUGUAACUGCCUGUUCCAAGCUGUCCGCCGGUGUCUGGGGUGUGCUGGGGCAGACACUGGCAUGCCAAGCAGAAAGAGGCUUAGGAAAGGGGAUCCUGGGCCCACCACAGCUCCUCACCAGUGGCUGCCACUCACUCUGCCCAGAGGGCUGUCCUGGAAGAUCAUUGGGUUUCUAGAAGGGACCUUGGAAAGUUCAGAUGGGGGUGACUGAGGUCCCUGAGGUAGAGGCCCUUUGUCCUGACAGACGACCCCAGGCCUGGACUCUUGGAGCAGUGCUAUGUGUACUUGCCCAGAAUUCUGCCUUCUCUGUUGUCAAUAAAGCCCCCUUCGUGACCUAACCUCUGGGCUGUUCUUGCUGGGGGAGACAGGGAGGGUGCUGGUGAACAGUGAGAGCAGGACCCAAAGGUGCCCUGGGCCGUAGCAGGGAGGCCAGGAAAGGAGUUUGGGGUUGGUCCUCUGCCCAAUUCAGGAAAAUUUUCCCUUUCUGUGUCAGAUAGUCCAACCCUGCCGGUCUCUGGACAUCUCACUCUUCGGACGCCCACCAGGGCUUACAGCCUGGGCCUGCCUUCAUUCCCAGAGAUCUGCUGGAAGGCUGGGAUGCUCAGGGAGAGAGGAAGGGAAGUCCUAUGCAUUUGUGUAUUGGUGGCAUGUAAGCUCUCAUGCCAACUGCCUGAGUUCAAAUUCUGGUUCUACUCUAAGGUCUCUCUGUGCCUCAGUUGCCUCAUCUAUAUAAAAUGGGGAUAUUCAUAGCACCUACCUCAUAGAAUUGUCGUGGGAGU